UAUUGAUUUAAAAUCAAAAUUUCGCGAACAGCAACAACGUCAAGCAAUCGUAACGUGUGUGCGCCUCAAAGUAGUUAAACAGCUGCUUAGUUUGGACGCAGCUUCUGUCCGUAUACGUAAAUACGUUCAAAGAUUACUUAAAAUGAAAUUAAAACUCCAUUUAUAAAACUACACAAACUUAAUGCGACGCAUUUAUACUACGGCCUAUGCACACAUUAUGUCGAAAAAUAAGGGAAAAGGUAAAGGAACUAGCAAAGCCGGUACGACAACCACACCGCCUGUCUCAAAUACGCCGGUCACACUGGACAAGGGUGGCAACAUUGCCAUAAAAAUUCUGGCAAAGCCUGGCGCUAAACAGAAUGGCAUCACAGACAUUGGACUGGAAGGUGUUGGCGUACAGAUUGCAGCACCACCCAGCGAGGGAGAAGCCAACGCUGAACUGGUAAAAUUCCUGUCCAAAGUACUGGGACUCCGCAAGAGCGACGUGUCGCUCGACAAAGGCUCCCGUUCACGCAACAAAAUUAUACUCGUUAGCAAAGGAGUCACCACAGUGGAGGCCAUAGAACAAUCACUGCGGAAGGAAUGUGAAUCAUGAUUAAUUGAACCAACUCUUAAAUAAAUGAUCAAUCUACGUAGUUUGUAUGCUUUAUUAUCGAUGCGAUCAUCCAAUCUUAUUACAUAUUCCAUUUAAUAGCUAACGCAUAUGUAGUCUUUGUAUUUCUUUCUUUCAUUACAUAAAUUACUUGGAUUCUAAAUUAGAAAUUUCUUAUAAACGACAACUGCUCUUACAUAGUGAAUGUGUAAAUCCUAUCAUUACAUAUUUUCUUGAUUUUUUUUGAAUGAGUUAAGCGUAUUCCUGUCGCCUAUAACGCGACACAACGUAAAUACAAAUUACAAAUGUCAACGAAACAUUAAAUAACUCGGUUGUCAAGUCCAACACAAGAAGCGGUUCCGACAAAGGAAAUGAAAUGUGAUCAACUUUUAAGUAAUUUUGUAUCAAAUGGUGUGAAUAAAUGGUUUUGGUGGGGAUGGAUGAAUGGUUUGGGGGUUGAAUGGUUGUUUAAUCGACCUCCUCCAUGUGAGAUGCAUCCUCGGUGUCCUCAA